GAGAGAGAGUUGUACUCAGACUUGUAGCAGUGAGUCACUCAAAUGUAGGGUACUUUGCCCUCUGAAGUUCCUUAGAGCAAAAAUGAACGUAUUUUACUGUAAACGCUAGUAAAUUUACCAUUGAACGUUACCUUUCAACGUCUAAUACGCACCUCGCUACUUAAAUAAAGAAUAAAAUAGAGAAAAUACUCGCGGAGGACACGAAACCCCUGUGAUACUUCUCUUGACUUCUUUGCUCAGCGGCUCCCACUUCCGCGUUUCACUCCGACGUAACGCAGCCUAAAACAGGAAGCGCUAAUCUCAAGGGUUAAUCUCCCUCCGCGCGUCCACAGCGUGUCUCAGUCGACCGGGCAUCAGAGUCGGAGGGAGCCUGUCUGUCUGUCUGCGCUUUUCGGUGAAAAAGCAGGUCCUGCGUCUCCACUAAAAAGAUUCGAUCGCAGGAGUCUAUCUACACCCUCAGCUGCUUGCAGAAGAAUGCCUGCCGGUGUGUGUGGAUGCUGUGGGCGUUGUCGGCCCCGUUAUAAACGCUUGGUGGAUAACAUCUUCCCUGAGGACCCGAAGGAUGGAUUGGUGAAGUCUGAUAUGGAGAAGUUGACAUUUUUUGCUGUAUCUGCUCCAGAGAAGCUGGACCGGAUUGGAGAAUACCUCGCAGAGCGCCUCAGCAGAGAUGUGGUCCGACACCGCUACGGGUAUGUGGUGAUUGCGAUGGAAGCGCUGGAUCAGUUGCUGAUGGCCUGUCACUCUCAGAGUAUUAAACCAUUUGUGGAAAGUUUCCUUCACAUGGUUGCCAAGCUUCUGGAGUCCAAGGAACCAGAUCUGCAAGUGCUGGGCACCAAUUCUUUUGUGAAGUUUGCAAACAUUGAGGAGGAUACGCCCUCAUAUCAUCGCCGUUACGACUUUUUCGUCUCGCAGUUCAGUGCAAUGUGCCACUCUACACAUGAAGACCCAGAGACACGCACCAGGAUCCGUAUAGCUGGUAUUAAAGGCUUGCAGGGAGUGGUGAGAAAAACUGUGAAUGAUGAACUGCAGGCCAUCAUCUGGGAACCUCAACACAUGGACAAGCUCAUUCCCUCCAUGCUGUUCAACAUGCAGGAUAACGAUGACACAGACAGGACUGGAGGAGAGGAGAACCCUGCAGCUCUAGCUGAAAGCUGUUUUCGGGAGUUGCUCGGUCGUGCUGCCUAUGGCAACAUGAACAAUGCUGUUCGUCCAGUACUGGUGCAUCUGGAUAAUCAUCGUUUGUGGGAUCCAAAUGAAUUUGCAGUGUCCUGCUUCAAGAUCAUAAUGUACUCAAUACAGGCCCAGCACUCUCAUCAUGUAAUCCAGCAGGUGCUUAAUCACCUGGACACACAUAGUAAGAACACUCCUCGUGUGCGGGCAGGUAUCGUUCAAGUGUUGCUGGAGACGGUAGCCAUAGCAGCCAAGGGCUCCAUUGGCCCCACUGUGUUGGAGGUUUUUAACACCCUGUUGAAGCACCUGCGUAUGAGUGUAGAUUUUGAGCUGGGUGAGGGCUCCCGGAGGAAUUCUGGUACGAGUCUUUCAUCCGGCCGCGGAAAAGAGAACGAGGAGCGCAUUGUCCAGAAUGCCAUCAUCCAGACCAUCGGGUUUUUUGGAGGUAAUCUACCAGAUUAUCAGAGAGCUGAGGUGAUGAUGUUCAUCAUGGGGAAAGUUCCAGUAUAUGGAACGCCCUGCCACACUCUGGACACUGUCAAAAUCGGGCACCAGGGUACUAAGAGGAUUCAGACGAUGCUCCUCAGUUCUCUCAUUAUGGUGACGUCUGGUUUUAAGUGCAAGACGAUGAGUGCGGGUUUGCCAGCAGCGUUUCUGGAGCCCCUCUGCUCCAUCUCUCUGAUGGAGGACAGUGAGCUACGGCAGCUUGUUCUCGAGAUCCUUCACAACAUCAUUGAUCGCCAUGACAACCGAGCCAAACUCCGCGGCAUCCGAAUUAUUCCUAAUGUGGCUGCUCUGAAGAUAAAGAGAGAGAAGAUCUCUAAACAAGAUGUCGUUUUCAUGAAAAAGCAUGGGCAGCAGUUGUACAGGCAUAUCUAUCUGGGCUCUAAGGAGGAAGAUAACGUGCAGAAGAACUUUGAGCUUCUCUUCACUGCACUGGCUCUACUUACUAUAGAGCUGGCCAAUGAGGAGGUGGUCAUAGACCUCAUACGCCUUUCCCUCGCGCUGCAGGAUAUGGCUCUAGCCAAUGAGGAGAACAUGCCGAUGUUUAUUCGUUGUGGCAUCAUGGCACUAGUAGCGGCCUACCUCAACUUUCUCAGCCAAAUGAUCGCCAACCCUGCCUUCUGCCAGCAUGUGAGCAAGGUCAUUGAGUUGAGGAAUAUGGACGCUCCCUAUUUGCUGCCUGAACACGUGUUCCGAGAGAAGUGUGUGCUGCCUGAGUCUCUGGACCGUGAUGACAGUGGCAUGUAUUUUCAGACGGCUGACAUUGCCGACGCUCUCUCUGGACCUGGAUACAACGCAGAGAGACUUGCUGUGCCAUAUGUUCCACAAGUUACAGAUGAAGACCGGCUGACUCGGAGGAAGAGUUUUGUUGACACCAUCUCACUUCAGGUGGACAUCCUGUCCAACAGCUUACCUGACCAGUCAACGCUGGCAGAAGAGAUUACCUUUGAGACUCUGAAGAAGGCCAUUGACACCACAGGUCUGGAAGAGCAGGAGAGAGAGAAGAGGCGGCAGGUGAUGGAGAAGUUUCAGAAAGCUCCAUUUGAGGAGAUCGCUGCACACUGCGAGUCAAAGGCCAACAUGCUGCAUGAUCGCUUGGCUCAGAUUUUUGAGCUAACCAUACGCCCACCCCCGAGCCCCUCAGGAACAGUUACUGUGACGUCAGGCCAUGCCCAGUACCAGUCUGUGCCCGUCUACGAGAUGAAAUUUCCCGAUCUCUGCGUCUACUGACCUUUAAUCCUCACCGGAUCAUAACCACUCAACACUUUGACCUUCACUAGAUCACAGUCACUCACAUUUAAGCUUUGACCUUCACCAGAUCACAGUCAAUCACCAUUAAACCUUAAACUUAACAGCCAUACACUUAAACAUUCACUGAAUGGGUCAGCAAAAUUCUAAUUUACUCAGUGUUCUACUUAUCCCAGACGUAGUUGAUCAGCCAAGACAUGUUUGGUGUCCAGAGUUUGAUUUUUUUGUCUCUCCAAGAAUGAGUACUUCCUUCACUUAUUUUCUGAUAUUUUAUAGAAUAUGUUUGUAAGGUCACAGCUCUUCCGCCUGCCAGUGCUCACACUGCUCCGUUUGAUUGUACACCAGUUCUGGUUUGAGUGUUGUUUGGAUCUCAUCCUAGCCUAUCAGCGUUUGCUUGGCACAAAGCUACGGACAUUUGCACAACACAUAGUUGAGAUUUUGGUGUGCACAGUAAACCCAUUCUCUGCAUCUUGAUACAGAAACAUUUAUAUGCAUUCAGUACAUGAAUACAGAACAUAAAUCAGUCUCGUGCUGUGCCCUAAACCGAUGAGGUGUGUCCUUAUCGAAGAACUUGAUGCAGUGUGAGUGGGUUGAAAUAUGUUUGGGGGAGUAUCAAUCCAAAGGAUUUGGGUGAUUAUUGAUUUCUAGUGUUUGUUAGCCUUGUAGCUCAAGUUUUAAACUAAAUAAACAAAAUGUAGACAUCAAACAUGGUUAGGCUGAUGAAGUCUGGGAAAGUGGAAGAUUGUGUAAAUUAGAUUUUUUGCCAAACCAUUCCCUUAACGUUUGACCCCUAAACUUUAUCACUAAUCUGUUUUUUCAGCACAUUCUUACAAUACUUCCCAAUACUUUAAACCAUAAACAUUGACCACUGAUGGUGGCAGAGAUGCCCCUCACAUGUAUGUCCAUCUGCCGCUGUGCUGUUUAAGACAAUAAGUGACUGUACUAGAGUCUUCAGCAUGUCAUUCUGCUGUAACAGUGCUCAGUACAUUUAGCAGCUCUUCAAACGUACACCAGCUCCACAUUAGGUGUGUUUGUGUAUGUGUGUGUGUGGGGGGGGGUUAACAGGUUUUAAUUGUAUUGGUUCAUAGGCUGCGAGUCAUUUGAAGCCCGCUGUCUCUUUGUGAAUCAUAGCCUCAAUGGUUCUUGUGUUCCACUUAAAUAAUAUCGUUUACAUGACUCAUAGUGACUCUGAAUAGAACUUAAUGUGAACCAAGAGACUUAAUAUUUCUGUAUGAUGUAAGCAUACAGACAUUGUCACAAACUCUCUCUCUUUCUGAAUGUAAGGCUAGUUUGAGCCUCAAUAGCACACAACUCUGUCCCUCAGACUAUGUGAAUUGUCACCACAGUCCGUGCCCUUUCCACAUACUUGAUCCACAACUGACUGAGUUCAGUACCUUCAGGGUGUGAACUAAUAACUUGUACCACUAAAUGUCAAGUAAUGGCAUUCAGUCUACAGGGAUUCCCAGCCCGUCCAUAUUGUUGUCCUUUUCCAGGUCCUAAAACACCUGAAUUAUUCCUCGAUUACCUAGGCUUGGUGUGGCUUGAGCUGGAAUACGGACUUGGUGAAGUUAUCAAGAACAGGGUUGGACAUUUCUGAAUUAUAUUUUGUACACAGACUGUAUUGGGGGAGUGCACUCUCCCUCUUAAAAUCAUUUUAUAUAUGUUAUAUAGUAAUGCACAAAUUGUUACUGGGUCUGCACUUUUUAGAGGAGAUUAAUGAUGAUCAUGGUGGUUAUGUCAUCAAUGAAGCCCCAGUCAGACUCAUCGGAAUGGCUACUUGCAACCACCACUUAAAGUAUGCGCACACAUAGACUACUGUGCAAAAGUCAGAGAACACCCAUCAUCUAUUUAAUUCCUGGUCAAAAAGUUAAUUUUGGAAUUACGAACAAAAUGAAAAUAUGUAUAUUAACAGAAAAUUACACAAAAGCCUCAACAAGUAUAAUGUCAGAGUAUUUAGCAUGUCCAUGUUUUGCCUUUAUUACAGUUUCCAUUCUUUUCAGGAGAAUUGCUUUCAGUUUUUCAGAGAAUGUGAAAGUUCAGUCUUAGAAGGUGGUUCUGAGAACUUCAAUAGCUUUUGAAUUUACAUAUUUUCUUCUAUAUGUCUGUUUCAAAAAGGAUGGACAGAAACACUUGUGGAUUUUUUUUAAUCUGAAGCAAGAGUGGAGCUUGAUUUUCUGCUCUCUCUCAAAGAUGAAAGCUUAAAGUACUGUUUAUCUGAAGGUGAUUUUUUGAACUUUAGUUUUGGAAACUUUUGUGUUUUUCUCUAAUAUUCCCUUGACUUUCCCCUUUGUUAUGCAAGUAGAUUAUCGUAUCUGAUCUCUUCAGAAACAUCUCAUGAAAAAUUAUUUAUGACAUGAAAAACUUAUUCAAUAGCCAGUUUGCCUGGAAAUGAAGUAAUGAAGGGUGGACUCUAGGCUUUUGCACAGCGCUGUGGAAAUGGUAUUGUAUUCAGAACCUGUGUUUCCUGAAGUGGACAUUUUCGCAGAUUGCAUUGUAAUGUGAGAAAAUGCACAGAACACAGCUCUCCUGAUUGAUGAUCUGUUGAAAUGGCCCCUUGUAUACAUGUAUCAGUAAGAUCAGGUCCUUCUUGUGCAUACAUAGUCUAAUAGUCUUGAGCUAAAGAUAGUAAAGAACAAGAGUUGCUUCCUAGCAACUGUUGCUAAUCCUUCUAGCUAAGCAAAAAAUACCUAUCUGAUAAAAGUGGAAUGUUGAAGUUUAUAUUGUGACUGUUAAAAGCUUGAAUACUGUGCAGUAUGUAAAUGUAUGCCUUGGUUAGCUUUUUACAGACGAUGCUGUUGACACUUAUUUUGCUGUUAUCAACCUAAUAUAAGUUCUUAGUGUUAGCGAAUAAUGUUCUCAAAUGUUUUGUCUGAAAUAGAAGUGUCAACACUGAAUACUUAGUACAAAUCAUCCUCAGUCUUUUUCACUUUGUUCUGUAGAUUCAAAAGUGAGCCUUUUGUGCAUAUCGGUGUAGAAUUGGUGUCUGAAGAGCUUUGUUGCGGCUUCUUCUUUGCUUUCCACGUCCUGUAUUUGCGCAUUUACUGUAGUUGCAGUUGAGGCACUUGCAAGAUUUGUGAUUGUUUUAUCAGCCUGGCGUCGGGGCUCAGGAAAGGCAUUUAUCUCUGUUGAGAGAUGGCUGUAUUGUUUGUGACACACUGAAGGGUAACAGGCUGGAAUGAUGAAACUGACCUGUCCGAGCCCCACCCACAAAUGCGCUGUUUUGUAGCUAUCUAAUAAGAACCUGUAGCAGACAGCUCAACUUUUGUCAAAACCCCUACAGUUGGAGUGCUUUAUUAAUAGAAUAUUUAUUUUGUGUGCCAGCUAAUGUUAGCUUGGUGGCAAAUUGUCAUUUGCAACCUGCCUAGUUUCAAUUAGCUGCAACAUCCUCGUCCAGUGUAUUAUGUAGUGACCAAAUUCAUUAUUCGCUAUCAUUCUGUAAAGCUCAUCCAACCAGUUUUUGUGAAAGAGUGCAUUUUUGGGUGGAGCAUGAAGGUCAGUUACAAAUAGUUUGAUUUGCCUGGUGGGUUUGAAUGUUUUAUGAUCUUUCCACACCUAUUAAACCAACACCAACCAUGAUAAACAUUGUAAUUUAAAAGCAGUUGGCUUUAAAAAAAAUAUUUGAAACUGGUCAAAUGGACCAGUGUGAAUGGAGGAGAAUGUUCUAGAGACUUUCCAACAAUAACAAAUUUACUGAACACCAUUUGGACUUGUUGCCAGUUUGUUAGUAGGUGUGGAAGGGCUAUUGGGAGGUAUUUGAUUAUUGAGUCGAUUUUGUUGGUGAGUUUGGUGCGAAUUAGAAUUGUAAAUGACUAGUUUAGAUCAGAUUUUAUUUUUGCUAAUGGAACAUGGUACAUAUCCAGUAUAAAAAAAAUAUAUUUUCUGAAAGUGGGCUUAAGGGUGGAGGUAAAGUUAGAUGAUGUGGUAUUGUGGUACGAUGGUGCAAUGACAUGUUGGCCUUCAGGAUGUAAUGGCUUUGAGCAACACUGUCCUGGCUUUACUGCAAUGAGUUCCGUUCUGGUUGAUUCCGUUUGGCGAUCCCAUGCAAGGCAUUUUUUUUAUUAUUGUCCUUAUCUAAUACAUCUAAUACAUCAAGAUCUUUGUGAUUAAACCUCCUGUUUCAUUUAUUAAGCAUGUCUCAUUGACUUGAUUGAUUUUCUUUUCAAACCUGAAAAAACAGUGGACCGAGCUAAGCCAUGGCAAUAAAAUACUUCAAAACUUCAAAACUGAAAUAUUUUACUUUGACACAUCCAAACUGAGCUCUAUUUAGCAAACUACUCUAAAUAAUCUGUUGUACCUAACUGCUGAUAUAACCUUGUUAUUAUGCUAGUUUGAUAGUCUAAGGGCUACAAAAAAGGAUUUAUGCCGCACAAUUGUUAUUCUAAACCUGAAGCCUAAAUCAGACAACAAAGAUUAUAUAUGUUAUGCUUGUAUACUUGUGACUUUGAGUCCAUUCUUAUACUGUUAAAUUUGAAACUCACAUUUGACUCAAACCUACUUGUACACAGAGAUGACUUAUCACAUAUGCAGGUUUAUGUGAAAACACGAGAGUUUCACAUCGUAUGAGCUACAAUUUUAAUUACAUCACACAUAAUUUAGUGUUGUCUUAAGUUUUAAGUGGGUAAAUUUAACCUAAUGCAGAGCUCAUGAACUGGCUGUUUUACACACUACAUUCAGCAUUGCUGGUCUUCUUGAGGAAAAUGGCCUUGAGCUUAAUUUAUAGAAAAUAAUCCCAUUUAAAUCACAAUCAUUGGUAUUGGCUGGAAAAAACGCAAUUAGAUAUUUUCCACAAAUCAUUCGGCUCUAGUCCCGUUCUCACCUUAUUCUGUGAGUGGCUACUUAGUGUGUAACAUUGCUACACACUUCUGACUUAAAAACAAUAUAGAAACGGAGGAUGCAAGUUAAAUCAGAUAUGUUAGACCAGCAAAAACAAGAGCAUCCGCAGUGCAUGGGAAUGCAGGACUGGGAUUGAGGAGCACCGGGGUACUCAAACAGGGCCUAGUUUCGCAAAAGCAGGUUUAACUGAUUAAUGUGAUGAUGUGUCUACUACUUAAGAAUCAUCUUUAUGUUAAGAUGCUUUCAGGAAACCCAGGCCAGGAUGGUAUGGUGCAUUGUGGGUACUGUAGGAAUGGCUGGUUGCAGUUCAUGUAGGUGAAAGGCACUUCACAGUGUGGUAAAUGAAAGGGGAAAAUGCAUGGUUAUUGAUCGAAUCUUCUGGAGGAUUGAUUGAUGAGUUGGUUGGCUCACUCAGAUAGACAGACAGCCCACAGUCUUAUCUGGCAGAGAAGAGUAACCAGAUGGAAAAUGACCCUUAGGGUCAUCGUCUAACCUUUGACCUUUGAGGGUUAAUUUGCUGCAUUUCAGUCGAUGUUGCCCUAUAGCUUUAUUCUGCUUAAUGGGAUAAUAGACAGAAACCUUUAAUUCUACAAAGAUGUCUGUAUUAUUAUAUCGUAUGUAUUAAUGAUCUAUUUUGUAAAGUUAGUGCAAUAUAUUUUUGUCUUGAUCUUAAUGAGAAGGUGUUGUCUGUAGACACACAGUGUAUUAUUCAACUGUCUUAUCUGUAAUGCACAUUUAAUAAUGAUGCAGUAGUGUGUGUGCGUGUGCGUGUGUGUGUGCAUAUGUGUUUGUGAGGACGGAGGUUUAUUCACUCUUGCAUGCUGGUCUUUUGUUAUUAUAUUUCAUAUAAUUGGUUAUAAAAGGCAGUGAGUGAAUGCACAAAGAAAUCUUAGUCUUAUAAUUGCCGCUGGGAAAAUGUUACUUAUAUUAGCCGAAGCAUUACAAUUACUGUUAUGAUUUUACAGUUUAUUGUUUUUUUUUUACUUUUGACAUAAAUGCUAGUGAGGAAACUGCAGCUCAGUGAAACAAUGUAGUUUGCUUUCAUAUGAGUCUGUGUGCUAUGGCAGUAUGUACGGCAUCAUUGAGUGCUAGAAAAAGUGUUCAUGUGUUGCAGGACCACUGAAUACUCAGGGCCAGAUAUACAUACGAGCGCAGGUGCAGAAUGCACAUUGAUGCAACCUCAGUUUGUUUGAAUGUGCCUAAAUUUAAUAUUGUGUUUACUGCAGCUUAUCAUGCGAAAUGCAUGUAGCCCCACCCACUAACUUCUUACUUGUGAGGGAUUAAAGACGUAGUGAAAUACAGGAACUAUCACCAAGCUGGAGACAAAACAAAAAAUGCGGCUGCAUCACAGCACAUUUUGCACCACAUCUUCUCAACACUUCUCUUCCUGAGAGUUUAAGCAGUGUUAUUCUGUUGGUAAAUACUUUUUUAGUACAUGGUUGAGACUUAUGCCUCCAUCUAACCACUGUGUCUGUUGCCAUUGUUAAUGGAAGCCUCUCAGCAAUGCGCCUUUCAAGACCCUAACACAAAUUUACACCUGCUUUUAAAGAUGAAGAAAAACAGCUUUAGUGAAUCAAACAGAAUAUAUAAUCAGCUGCAUGUGUAAUAUCUCCACCCACGUUUUGCUCAAUCCUCCCUCAAAUGCAUACACGAGAUUUCAUACAUAACACACAGCCAGAGUGCGUUCGAGUAGUACAUCAGGCCCUGAGCGUUCACUAUUAGCAUGAUUAGCAAGUUCACAGAAGUGUGUGUGUGUGUGUGUGUGUGUGUGUGUGUGUGUGUGUGUGUGUGUGUGUGUGUGUGUUUCAGUCAAUAAAAAGCAGUCUUGAGUGUGCAGACAUAUGCACAGCUGUGGAAUUCGCAUUUUCUUGUAAAUGUUUAUUAAUAGUAAGGCGCUUUAACUCAGCCAAAUGCAAACCACCCGUCUGAGAUAGCACUCCAGAGGGGCUUAGAUGGAUAACCACUUUUAUGUGCACAAUAGAAGAAGCUUAAGCAAUCUCAAUAAAGAUUUUAUAUUCAAACUUA